UGCGAACGGCCACACCUUCAUUGUCUGCCUUCCUAAUCCAGGCUCAGUCCUGAGCUUUCGACCUUUUUUCUUUCUUUUACUCUUCCUUACUCUCGCUCUCAUACCUCUUUUUAUGAUUUAGGAUAAUUCACUUCUUUCGUCAAAUUUAAUAUUAUCUAUUCUAAUAUCACGAAACGACUUUGGGACACUAUCGCCGACAGCCAGGAUUUCAUUCAAAACUCUCGCAUUACCGACUCCACAUGAUUGCUUAGGGACAGGGUCAAGAGCUGCGAACACGUUCAUUGCCUGUAUGCAGCUCGAACAUUCGCAUGACGUGCCAUGGCCAUGAUGAGAUUUCCACUUUUAUCAAACUAAUAUAACAAAAAUCCAAGGCCGAUUGUCAUAGCUAUAGCUACGGAUCUGGUCUACUGUAGAACUAUGUCAUCAUCAUCAUCAUCCUCUUCGUCUCAUUCGCAGAGGACACCUUUAUAUGAGAGGACAGACUCGGAAAAGAACAAAUUGCAAAUUCGUCUAGUCCCUUAUACUCCUCCGAAGAUAACAGCUGAAGAAACUGCAUCACAUGCUCCGGAACCAGAAACUCCCAGAAGCAAUAUUGCCUUUCAAAAAACCAAUGACCGCACUAGCAAUGCCUCGACAUCGUACGGAAGGGAGAGAUUCAUAGGGUCUGCUUUAUCGUCACCGGCAUCGUCCUCGUCGCCUAUCGUUUCUUCGACAUGGGUCAAAGGCAAAGGCGUUUCGGAAUCGAGGUUCGGGUCUGACUCGCCAGGCACUGAGCAUCCUGCCCCACCACCCCCUGCUGUUCUGAGGACGUCUCACAGCAGUUUUAUUAGACGUGUUAAUGCGCCAACCCAACAGUCACAGGGCCAGCGCGACAAUGGGCAAGCCUCAUCUCCCACAACGGCGAAAGCUGCGCCUCGACGAGAAAGGGUCAUCAGCGUUAACUCAGACAAGACUUUUUCUCUGUUAAAAUCAAAUACUCGAGUGUCGACCGGCUCCGAGUCUACAGCUCGAUCGUACCUCAACUCUAAUACCUCCUUCUUCAGUUCGCAUGAAGAGACGUCGUUUGAUGCGCCUACCGACGAUCAUCCCAGCUCUCUGUUCAGUUCACUGCCCGAGCGCAGCGUCUCGCCCUCAUCUUCAGCUGCUGCAGCUACGCCAACAAAACCCAACGAGGAUAACUAUACUUCGUCUCCCUGGAAUUAUCGUAUGAUUGGUGGACUACGCAAAGUACCAAUAACUCCAGAGCCGAAAGCCAAGGGAAAGGAGAAGGAACCUGUCACAAAACUUCCAGCAUUACAGGAAACAACAAACGCACCCUGUGUGCCUUAUAUCCCUCUCACUCAAAAAUCGUCUUUCGUUACCGAACUUAGCGACUCUACUUCGGAGGAGACCACUAAUUACCAGAUCAUUGGUCGUAGCUCGCCUCCUUUACCGGAUUCCGAUAGCAUCGACGUACCGCCGUCGUCAAGUAGUUCGAACUAUCAAUUACUUGGAGGACAAUCAUCUACCCACCAGUCGAUCAACUCAUCCCCUGCACGCGGACACGCAGUCCUAGACACUCCGGGCAGCAAGAAUUACAUAGUACACGGCAAUUCCUAUCCUGCAUCUGAACAAAUCUCGCUCGACACACCAGGGAGCAGGAAUUUCAUCGUCCAUGACAACAUCACUCCAUCACCUUCGGUCUAUUCGGAUACUCGAGGACCUCGCGAGCAAACAUCCUUCGAUAGCUUCCGACGACAAGUCAAAGAAACUUACUCUCAAGAAAGCCUUGUCAUUCCACCGUUAAGACCACACAAGAGAUCGUCUUCGGAGAACCUGUACUUGAAACGAGCCUCCAAGGAGAACGCACACGGGCGAGCGAACUCGUUUUCGUCAAUAUCCAGCGUCUUGACACAGGAUAGUGGACCAAACGUCGUUCGUCUGGGAUAUACACCGCCAUCUACCUCGUCUGUACGGAAGGCUUUAUGGACUGGCCGAAACAGCAGUGGACUACCAAAAUUACGGAUGGACAAGCAUCAAUGGAGCUCACAACUCUCUACCGUAAUGUCUGAGUACGAGGGUAGUGAUCGUGGCUCUCGCCUAACUUCUCAUGGCUCGGCAGGCGAACGGGGCAGUAGUGCCCUUGGCAGUCGAGGUAGCAGAAAUAUUCAGAGCAUCUCGUCUUCUAUUUUCGAUAAUCUGGAGACAACCCAGGUAAUACCCCAAACACACUCUCGAUCAGGUUCACUCGACCGACCGGGUGCGGCCUUCAUGCGAGGCGCGAGGGAACUUCCGAGCCCACCAGCUCCCACAGUCAGGGAUCAUGAUGAACACGGCGAUGGGCUGGCAGAUUUGCAACAUAUGCAUCAACUUCAGAGCAAAUCUUCUCGGACUCGGCUCGGAUUUCUCUCUCGACAAUCGUCUGACCGAAGUUUGCGCUCCUCGACCAGCUCCCGAAGCGGCAGUCUUACAUCCAACUCUCUUCCGACUUGGGCAAGGUUGUAUUACGGAAGUGGCGAGAGACGUUGGCUUGCUUCACCGUCAAUAAUAUCCGAAGGUGAUGAUAAUCGCCCGCCUAGCUCGUGGGUCCCAGGUGGCUCUCCUGCCCCAGAACAAUUUCAUCAAGAUAUACGGAACCCCCGCCGGCGACCAAGGGAACCCUCAAACGACGGCCCGCAGCCCAUUUUGGUAGAUACGACGACGCCAGUGUUUGGAAAUAUUCGUCGAGGACUGAAGAAAAAGACGUCUAGUAUUUGGUCACCUCAUCUUCGACCAGAUAAUCGGUUCAGCCGCUACAGUAUAUGGCAGCCCCCGUCAGACACCUGGUCUACCGAGAAUCGUAUACUAGGACGGCGCAAUAUUCAAGUUGUGCUGUUUGUUUUUGGUUUCAUUUUCCCUUUCGCCUGGAUGAUUGCGGGCCUCCUGCCAUUACCUCCUAAUCCUCGUUUAGAUAUGGAGGAAGUAGGCACAAGUACUACACAGCUUCAACCGCCGAAUGAAUUUGGGCGUGGGCCAGUGUAUAGCCGGGUUGCCCUGGCUGAUGAAACGUCAUACCAGAGCGCACGGUGGUGGAGACACCUGAACCGUUAUAUGUCCAUCUUCGGCAUAUUAAUUCUAGGCGCCAUCGUUGCACUCGUAGUGGUCGGAGUCAAGCAAGGAUGGGGAAAAUGACGAUGGAAUAUCAACACGCCGGCACCCCCGAUUGACUUUAACUCUCACACUCAUUCCGACUCAUGUUAUCCUCUAAUGAUAUUUUACUUUCGACAAGAAACCCGGGACAACCGAUGCCUUUCCCUUUUACGAAUAUGAUUACUAAUGACGAAU